UGUACAGUAAGACAAGAUGGCGGCGGUGCGACGGUGAGGUUGAGGUAGCUGGAGGAUCAGUCGUCGCGGCGCGCCGUGUCGGCAGCCUACACCCGCGCACACCGUCACACCAACACACCAACACACCACGACAUCGAGUGAGAUGGCUGCAAUGCAGGGCAUUAGCUGCAACAUGUCUUCCUCUACAGGCUCUGUAUCUCGCCUCACAGAACUACAGGCAAGGUUUCAGCAAAAACAGUUACAGGAAAAGGAGCAGAAGUUGCUGGCUUUAUAUGAAGAACAAGCACAUCAAGGCUAUCAACGAUUUGGUCCUGGAUGUGGAAAGGUACGGCAGUUGUUUCAAGAACGAAGGGGUAACAACCAUCACCAUUCUGCAGGGUGGGAUAAAAGCUAUCCCUUGGAACCCAUCAACGACAGUAAGCGAGAACGAGGGAGCAGCCUAGACCGCAACCUCAACAACGUAUGGAAACAACCGGUGAGGCGAACACGGAGUCAGGUGCGGCGAGAUGAUGAGUUGUCAUCUUCUAGAAGCUACGAGCCAUUGGAUCAGCUAGCGCUCAAACACAAUCCUGUGUUUGGAGAUGAGAAUGACUACCUCUCUAGAGUGACGGACCUAGACAGUUCCAGACUGUUCAGGAAGUUGCCUAAUAUAGGAGGGGCUCCUCUGUCUGACUCUACGGACAGAUUCAAGACAUACAUAGCCACAAAACAACACCCCAACGCAAGCAUGGCGCCGGCCAAGGAGACAAGAAUCACAGAAGUGGGAUCAAUCACAAAGGCACUGUCAAGAUUGUCACCUCCUUCAAAAAAGACUGAGGUAAAGGCAUCAACCCAGCCUGGAGUGAACAGUCGCACAAAACCCUCCAUCACGCCUCCAAGUAGUGGGCUGAAACCACGCAACAACACAGUAGCCAACAACAACAACAGGGACCCACCGAGGCCAGCGUCUGAUCCUCCCUCACGAGCCAAUCAGGAGAAGGAACCACCAAAGAUGAACAGAGGUCCACCAACCACGAGAGGGGCAGUGCCACGUGCAGGCACCACAGCAGGGGCCUCACAAAUUAGGGCCCCGCAGGCAGCACGGGGUCCCCAGGGCAUGAAAGCCCCUGUAGGCCCGACAAGUGGGGCCCGCUCUGACCUGGUACCUUGCAAAACUUGCAACCGUAGUUUUGCCCCCGACAGAAUCCAAGCCCAUGCUGAAAUCUGUGUCAAGACAGCUCGCAAAAAGAGGAAACCUUUUGAUGUUGCAAAACAGAGAGUUAAGGGAACAGAACUUGAACAGUUUGCUAGGAAAGGGCGGACAUCAACACAACCACCACCGUCGCUUGCAAAGUCAAACUGGCGCCGUAAACAUGAAGAGUUCAUUAGCAACAUCCGAGCAGCCAAGCAGGCACAGCAGCAUGUGGCGAGGGGAGGCAAGUUGGCAGACCUGCCGCCGCCCCCACCUCUCGACACCUCUGACUACGUCCAGUGUCCUCAUUGCGGACGACGCUUCAACCAGGGCGCGGCCGAGCGGCACAUCCCCAAGUGUGCCAAUAUGCUGCACAACAAGCCAAAGCCAGCAGCAGGCGGCAGACCCACAGGUGGCGGGGCCAAGCCUAGGACUACAGGACCACCUAGGCGUUGAUCAAUCUCUUACAGUGCUGUGAUAUUGGAAAUAUACUGAAUUUUAGUCUCUAUUGAAAAUGUUUUGAAACUGGGUACCAAACAUACAUUUUUGCUUUAGGCAACGUAACAUUAUAGUGAGAGGUGGAGGUAGAACAUUAGAAAAUGAACAAUGGGUUCAAGUAACUACAUGAAAACUUUUGUUAUUGUUUGUAUGUGAAUUACAAAAUGUGCUUUUUAAUACCGUGUUUUGGGCAAAGAGUUCUAAAUAGGCCUAUGAUUGGAAGUAAAACUGGUCUGGCCAAAUUUAUGAAAACAAUUUUGAUUGAAGGUUGUUAAGAUAUGUUUUAACAAAUCAGUAUUUUAAAAGUUAAUACAAGCAAACCUAGUUUUUGUCAUGCUAAUAUGAAUUUCUUGUUGUUAAGAAUUUAAACUGGCAGGAUGAGAAGUUGGUAUUGCUUCAAUAGCUUAAUAUGUGGUACCUUUUCUUUUAUGUUUUCUUUGAAAGGAGAGUCCAAUAAAAAUAAUAGUUAUCUCAAGAGUAUACAGGUUGGUAAUGAAGUCCGAAGACAGUUAAUUAUUUUAAAAAAUAAUGUAGAUAGAGCUACAAUACUUGGUACAAAGUUACAGAGCAUAAAACUGUAUCUUAACACAUAUUCAGUGAUCCAAUAACUCUUCAGGGGGACGGCCCACAAGGAGUCAGAAGAAAAUCUUAAAGGAAGCAUAGGUCAAUUAAUAUGUACAUCAAAUGAAAGGUCUUUUUUUAGUAGAAUACAAUGCCGCAAACCGCACUUCAAAAGGUUGAUCCUGCGCAAAAUGGCAGCCGUUCAAAGAUUUCUUGAAUCUGCUAUUUUUAAUCUUUGAACGCCCACCAUUUUUUACUCAGGCGUUCUUUUGAACUUGAAUUUACGGCAUUUAAUCUACUAGAGAAGACCUUUAAUUUGAUGUGCAUAUCGACCUAUGCUUAUGUUAAUAAUUUUCUUCCGAUUCCUAGAACUGUGCCCCCUGAGGAGUAAGCGUAUAAUAGCAAUGCAAAUUAAAUGAAUCUUUGAACAACUGUCAUUCUUGGCUCGGUUGUCCGUUAGAGUUCAAAUUUGUGGCAUUAAUUCUACUAGUAAAGACUUUAAUUUGAUGUACAUGUCAACCUAUGCUUCUAUUUAAGAUUUCCUUCUGACUCCUUGCGGGACGUACCCAUGAUAUGACAGAAAAUUGAUAUUUUAAAAAAAAGUAGAUUUUUAUGUGUGGUGUUGAUGUACCAAAUCUUGUUGAUUUAUCUGUUGUCGUUUACAAAAUAUUGAACUGUCUUCGGACCCUGUACAUUCAAGAAAAUUACACACCUUAUUGCCAUUGGUAUUAAUUUUUACAUGUACUGUACAUCAUUUUGCUAUGAUGUAAUGAAAACGUUAAACCAUCUAAAAACCUUUCACCAUAUUUUAUUUAGUUCUCUGUUCUCUUAACAUGAACAGGUAAUAAAUACUGUAGAUGAGUUUUUCCUAUUAUUUAUAUUAUGGUGCAAUUAUGUAAUUGUAGUAAAACUAUUUUUAUAAAUGUAAUUUUGUGGACUAAAAACUAAAUUUAUUUUUAAAUAGUGUUCUGAAUGAAUGUUUAAAUAUUAAAUAGCAAAAGUGCCAAUAUAUCAAGCUGAUAAAUUUUGCCGACUAUAUCUCAAAGACUGUUCCUACUUUCAUAGUCUUAAGGCAUUUUUAACAGUAAGUUAAUGAUGAAACAAGUAGAUUUUACAAUCAAUCUGUGUAGAUAUACUAUAAACAAAAUAUCAACACAUUCUUCAGAUAACUACAAAACUAACAAAAUAUGAGUAUUGUAUUUUUAUAACAAUGUUAAAACUGCAAUUGAAGUAGUGUUUAUGAGUUGUAAAAUCCAUUAAAAUCUGGCAUUAUAAUUAGCAACCAAACAAAAAAACUGUUUGGUACUGUACUAAAAUUUUGUAUUUAGUUGUGAUGCCUUUGUUCCAGUAGAAAUAAUGUGAUAAACAUAUUUUAUAGGUUAACAAUAUUUAAUUUGUCAUAUUACGUAACAUGUUAAUGAAUGCUUUAUUGCUUUGUAUACAAUUAGAUUGUACACUGAGGACAUUUAAUGUUUGUGACUUAUGUUUGUAUUUUGUUAUUAAAUUAUUUUAUUAAUUAAA